GAAAGCUAAAGAAAAAUUGCCUGAGAAAGCGGACCAAACCUUGCGCACAUCCAAAAAUGCCUGGGUGAAGUCCCCCUGUUUCCUUUCUAGGCUUGCCAGCAUACGCGAUGGCUAACUCUUGUCAGCCGUGCUACAUGCCCCUCCGGAGUUUCUCUGGAAAUGUGAUGUAAUGUGGAGAAGCUCGUUAAAAUUGGCUUUUAAGUUGUACAUAAUAUUCUCUCUCCUCCCCACACCCCAUUUUGUCUUUUUCAUCGCUUUGAGAAAUCAAGAGUAUGGAGCAAAUGAGCUAACUUGGCUACAUCGUGGCUAAAGUGGCUUAUCGGCUAACCUUCAGCGACCGGCGCCAUUUUGGAACCAACAUCUUCUCUGUCGUUGAAAUGGUGGCUUUUCAACUUGUGUUUUCUUCCUCGUGCGAUGCUCAACACCUGAAGGCCUCCGAGAUGACCAGCGAUGUGACUCGAAGAUUUCAACUUUUUUGUUGUUCCCUUUAAGCCCGAAGCUGAAUGCGGCCUGUUUUCUUGGUGGAAUCCUUUGUCUGGGAGGGGCCCGUGUUCACACAUUCUUCAGAUUAGUGCUAGUGUUUAACGUUAACAUACAGCAGAAAAUGGACUUUAGCUUAGUCGAACAACCUUAAGCCUUGUUUUAUAUUAGAUGGUGGGAGCCUAAAGCUUAUGUUAGGAACAGCUUCUACAUUACAACCUGUGCCAAAGUGUCUUUUUCAAAAUGGACGCUCGUUGGUCCCAAUGGCUUGCACAACACACACAGCCAGUAAAUGGACAUUUUUCAUCGUCUCAUCUUGCACUCGAUGGACUUCAGAGAUUCAUCCCGCGCCAUUUUUUUCCCCAGAGGAGAUCUCAGAAAAUCGGCAGUGGAACAUCACAUCUGGAGCCCAAGCAGCUCCCUGACAAGUGGCAGCAUGACCUGUUCGACAACGGUUACAGCACCAAUUCUGGAGGAGGUGGUGGCGGCGGAGGAGGAGGAGUGGGCGUGGAAACUGGCGGGAAGCUGCUUGUAUCCAAUCUUGACUUUGGUGUCUCCGAUGCAGACAUUCAGGAACUUUUUGCAGAAUUUGGCACCCUGAAGAAGGCUGCGGUCCAUUACGACCGGUCCGGACGCAGUCUUGGCACGGCAGACGUCCACUUUGAGAGGAAAGCAGAUGCUUUGAAAGCCAUGAAGCAAUACAACGGUGUUCCUCUUGAUGCUUUUGAUUCUGUUCUAGGUCGCCCAAUGAACAUUCAGCUAGUCACAUCACAGAUUGACGCACAAAGACGAGCUCCAAUGCAGGGUCUGAAUCGUGGUGGUGGAGGCAUGAACAGGAACAAGAUGGGGAGCUUUGGAGGCAUGCAGAGAGGACGGGGAGGUCGGGGAGGUGGAGGGCUCAGAGGCCGUGGCAGAGGAGCAAGGGGCAAUAACAAGCAGCAGCUUUCAGCAGAAGAAUUAGAUGCCCAGCUAGAUGCCUACAAUGCCAGGAUGGACACCAGCUAAAUGGCCCGAUCUGUUCGUGCUGCGGCUUUCUGACAGCAUCGUGGGAUGGUUGUUACCGAUUUGAAAUGCCGGACGUUUUACAUUUACUUGUCUUCAAAAGUGAUUUAAAUUUGUGUACCAGUUUUCUCCUUUUAAAUGCUCUGACAUUUUUUACCUACCAUUUUGUUUUAUUUUCUUUUUGAAAACCUAGUCUGACUGUAGGACUUGUGUGGGGAGGUGCUUGGUUUUACCUUCCCUUUAUAGUUCAUUGUAAUAAAACCUGCAGUACAUAGUA